AGGGGAGGUUGGAGUUAAAGGGGAGGUUGGGGGAGUUAAGGCGGAAUGCUCAGAGAAUUAAAGGGGAGGUUGGAGUUAAAGGGGAGGUUGGGGGAGUUAAGGCGGAAUGCUCAGAGAAUUAAAGGGGAGGUUGGAGUUAAAGGGGAGGUUGGGGGAGUUAAGGCGGAAUGCUCAGAGAAUUAAAGGGGAGGUUGGAGUUAAAGGGGAGGUUGGGGGAGUUAAGGCGGAAUGCUCAGAGAAUUAAAGGGGAAGUUGGAGUUAAAGGGGAGGGUGGCGGAUUUUCAGGGCGUUCGGUGGGGAUUCGAGGGGGUUGAAGGGGAGGCUGGCGGGAGUUAAAGGGGUGUGCGCAGAGUCACAGAGGACGGCAGGAUGGGGAGGGCAUUAAGGGGGUCUGGGGCUGUGAUGGCCACUAACACAGGUUGUUAGAGCACAUCUGGGAGUCUGGGCAGGUUGUCGGGCUGUGUGCGUGGGGGAUGGGGGCAUGAGGCGGUCCUGCCACCCACCCCCACCCAUGACAAUAUGGACCCUUCAGAGCAGAGACACCACCACGAUCCCCUGCAGAAGGGGAGGCAAAGGGAAGGGAUCGGGGGAUGGGUGCACCUCUGCUCCCUGGUCGAGCUCCACAUAACACCAGGCAUCCUCUCCUGACAGCAGGGAGCACUGGGAGUGGGGUAGGGUCUAGUGAUUGGAGCAGGGACAUCUGGGGGCCAGGAUUCCUGGGUUCUCUCCUGACUCUGGGAGGGGAGUAGUGUCUAGCGGUUAGAGCGGGGGGCGGGGGUCUGGGAGCCAGGACUCCUGGGUUCUAUGGCUCUGUUGUGUCAUUUCCCCUCUGGUGCUGCACAGUCAUAGCUCCCAGCUAUACAGUGUCACAGAGCCUGCCACAUCCCCUUCGUGUGGUCACAGACUCUCCAGGGGGCUUCUCAGAAACCCUCCCGCCAGGGUCGCUAUGAUCGAGGCCCAUGGCAGGUCUGCACAGCCCCACCCUGCUCCCAGCUGGGCCACCCUGAGAAAGAUCAAAGAACCACAUUCCUACUCACCAGCCAGAUCAGUUGCUGCCACACACAGCCCCCAGCACAGAGACAUGGCCAGGGAGCUGAGCGAGGAUGGAGCCAGGGUGGAUCACUGGGGGAAAGGAAGCCCGGGCUCACUCCAAACCCUACAUGGCUUUCCUCAACAUCAGCAUGAAGCAUGGGCACGAAAGGUGUGGAGGAUUCCUGAUCCAAAAGGACUUUGUGCUGACGGCUGCCCACUGUGACCUAGGAAAGAUCGUGGUAUAUCUGGGAGCUCACAAUGUGACCAAGCGGGAGCGGAGCCAGCAACGCCUGGCCGUCCGACGGAAAAUCCCCCACCCGAAGUACAACAACAAGACAUGGGAGAACGACCUCAUGUUACUCAAGCUGAAGGGCAAAGUGAAGCUGACAAAGGCCGUGCAACUUGUCCCCCUGCCUGAGGCCGGUGAAGAGGUGAUGCCAAGAGACAUCUGCAACGUAGCGGGCUGGGGGAAUACCCGGGCCAGGGGGUUUUCCCUGCCAAGCACACUGCAGGAGGUCAACCUGAAGGUGCUGAAGGCGGACAGGUGCACACGUUACCCACAGUUCGUCCCCACUUCCAUGCUCUGCGUAGGCGACCCCAGGGAAGUCGAGAAAUCAUCCUUUCAGGGCGACUCCGGGGGCCCCCUGGUCUGUGACGGGACGGCUCAGGGCAUCGUCUCUUUCGGCAGAAAAGAUGGGUCCCCCCCCAGGGUGUUCACCAGAGUCUUGGCGUACAUCUCCUGGAUCCAGAAAACAAUGAGAAAGCUGCAGGAUUAACCUUAGGCAAGCACCUUCUUUGCUCUCUGCCUCAAUUUCCCAGCUGUAAAAGGAGCCGUAUGGAUUUAUCCCCUGGGAGCUGUGUGUAGAGCCCAGCCACUAUGGUGAUGGGCUCAUGGUAAAGCCAAUCAAUAAAUAAUGUCUUAUUAGUGUUUCCUUAUGCACAUUAUUUGAAAACUUUAAACGGGUCCCCGUCAGCCAUCGUAGGUUUUAGCUUUAAAAACGAAUUGCCGGGUCUCAGGACGUUAGAAAGACAAAGUGGAUGAGACAGGCUGGUCCAAUAAAAGAUACCACCUCACCCGCCUUGUCUCUCUUUGAUUCUGUAAAGCAUCUUCUAGAAAGUCUGACAGUCUGAAUUUGGAGCUGCCAAAACUUAGAUGUUUGUUCUGGUAAUUAAAGAUUUUUUCAUUUCAUUCUUUUGGUGAUUCCCUCAAAAGUUUUCAAAACCAUUCCUCCCCCCCUGUCAUAAACGGAUAGCUAAGGGUUAAUGUCUCUUUCACCUAUAAAGGGUUAACAAACAGUGACCUGCAAACACCUGACCAGAGGACCAAUCAGGAGACAAGAUACUUUCAAAUCUCAUGGAGGGAAGCCUUUGUUUGUGGGUUUUGGGUUUGGCUUUGUUCUCUCUGGGUCCUGGACAGGACUAGAGGUGCAACCAGGUUUCUGCCAA